GUUGUUGGCAAAUCGUCGCUGUCCGUUCUCGUUGUCGUUGUCUGUGGACGUCGUUUUAUCGCGAGAACGUAAGGUCCGGGGCUCGUAUCGAUUUGAAGUUUGCUCCGCGGCAUCUUCAACCCCAGCGUGUUGUGAGUGAAAUUGAGGCAAAAACGGCAAACUUGCGCAAAACAACAAAGCAAGCUACUUGUUCUUGUACCAAGUGUUGCUAGAGAGCUUGCUGGUAGCUGUCCUCUGUGUGAGCAUCAACAGAGCAUCAGUAGCAGCGUUUAGUGAGUUUCGAAAGUUUUCUUUGCGUUCCUCGCCGACCUAUCGUGUAGAUUCUGUGUGUUUCUUUGUGUUAGUGGUGGUUUGCUUCAAAGUGAAUGCAAAAAUAAGGCCAACCCCCGGCGCGUGAUGAGGCGCAAUCAAGAAUGAAGUUAUUAUGCUGAAGAUGAGAUGCCAUGACCGUUCGUAAGAGCUACUGAGGGGUGGGCUAGCGUGAGGGGCUCCAUGAUUAUAGUGCGCUCUGUGUGCUGCGAGCGAAAGAAACAGUGAGACCAAUCAGUGAAAUGUCACGGAACCCGGUUGCCGGUGCGAACCAUAAUCAACCAUCACCGCGAGCAUCAACAUCAGCGCAACAGUAAACCGUGAAAACGGCCGUGAAGCAUUUGGCAACAGCAUAGUUUGCCUCGCCGAAAACUCCCCUGGCGCAAGAUCAGACCAGACCAGGGAGGCAACACAGAAACAACAUCAAUUCGUGAAGGUACUGGAGUCAACGGAUCCCUCUGCCCUGCGAAGACGCUGAUACCGAAUCAUCGGUCAACAUCGUUGUGCGCUCGUGUCCGUUUGUGUUUGUGUGCGUCCGUACGUGAGUGUUAGAGGCCUGGUAUCCAGGGUCCUAGGGUGCGGUCUGUGCAUGAUCAUCAUCACCAUGUGGCUGAAAAGAAGGUGAUCGACAAAGAUCGCGAUCCCCAGGUGUCUGUGUUUUUGUUUUGUGUUUGAAAAUCAUUCAUUUCAAGUCCGUAGUGUGUCCGAGUGUGUGUCCGAGUGUGUGCGCGCGGAUCAUGUUGAUCGCAGCAUAGUGUUAAAGCAGAAGGGAGGGGUAGGCCCUGAAGAGAAGUGAAAGGGAAGGGAAGGGAAGUGUAAAGCAGGCCGCAACUCACCCAUCGCCAGUCUCUCCGCCCCCCCACCCGGUACGCCCUUCCGGUGCGUGGGUCUAUGUGGGAAAUGUUGGAUCCCGAUCUAGAGUGUGGCACCGAGUGUGGCGGUCCGGGACCUCCUCCCGAGUUUCUGGUACCGCCACCACCUCGGCCCCCCUUUUUGGCCGAGCUGCUCAACUGCAACGAGGAGCAGCAGCAACAGCAACAGCAGCAGUACCAACACCACCAUCAGCAGCAGCAACAGCAGCUACCGUUCGGUCCCGCCAGCUCCUUCGCCGACGUUGACAUGUGUGAAGCGUUUCCGAUCCUCGACGCCAGCUACCACAGUGGCCCAUCAUUCCAAACCUCCGCCAUGAUUGUGCUGUGUUCGGUGCUGCUCCUAUUAGUCAUUUUCAUUUCAUCGUUACUAGUGUGGAAACACAAGCGAAAAGUUCAAAACUUCCUGCCAUGCAAGACGCCCACCCGGGGCGGUGCGCAUCCGCAUCUGGACGCGACAGGUGUGUCGGCCGCACACUCGGUAACGUACGAAGAUCCGGACGUGCAUCUCGGGCACCAUCCGCUCGUCAUGCGGCACCAUCAUCACCAUCAUCAUCACAACAUGGAGCUGCACGCAAAGCAGAUCCACUAUCCGAGCGGUUAUCCGAUGCCCCGGUCACCGCCACUGUUCAUCUGUUCGUCGCCCGGUCCCGAUCCUUACCGAUCGCACGACAACGUGUACGAGGAGCUGGAGCACGGUAAUCACCAUCACCAUCAUCACAACGGUCGGGACACGGACUCGGAGCCACCGAUCCAGUCGGACGAUGACUUUGCGGAGGACGAACUCAGCCUGCCCGGUGACCGAUCGUUCCACAAAUCACCCUCGGAUGCGACCACCGUCGCGACGAUCUAUCACGAUCGCAGCAAUGGCGGCGGUAGUAGUAACAGUGCGGUAACAACGGCCUCAGCCGCUACCGUGCCCGUCUCUGACGUCAUGGCCACCACACCGGGUCCUCCGAUGCUGGAUCGAAACCGAACGGAGCGGAACUCGUUGCUAUCUUCGUCGUCUUCGUCUCAGGGCAACGAAAGUGCUCACCAACCACCACAUCCUCAUCGUCCUACUGGUGGUGGUGGUGGAGGUGGUAGUGGGAACGGUAAUGGUGGAGCUGGUUCCACCAACAACAACAACAACAAUGGUAGCAAUAGCAGCAGUAGCGCCAGCAGCAGCAACAGCAAUCGCAAUUCCAACUCGAGCGCCGACUGUGGGGCGAGUAGUCACAGUGGGAACGGCAAUACGGCUGCUUCCUGUAAUGGCCACAACAGCGGUGGCAAGACGAACCAACUGAACGGGAACUCGUCGGCCACGAUCAGUGGAGGACCACUGAGUGCCGGGUUGGGACUGUUCCGGUCGAGAAAGCAACAUCAUCCGACGAACGCUUCGGCUGCGGCCACACUCGGUGGAUCAGGGCGAAGACAGCGGGGAGCACGGGGAGGAGGGUUAAGUGAGCGAACGGGAGCGACCUCACUGGAUGGGCUAACCGACGGCGGAGGACCCCUCGGUGUUGGUCCGGAUCCGGUCGUUCUGCCAUCGCUCGUGUACGACGAUCGGGGUAUGAUGACGCUACCACCGCCAGCCUAUCACAACCACACGUUGGCCACACCAGCGCACCACCUGGUACCGCAUCUACACCCGCACCCGCACCCACACCACCACCAGCAGCAGCAGCAGCAGCAGCAUCAUCACAUGAACAGCGUAAACAACAACCAAAACAACGGACGCUCCAACUACUACAGUACCAUCGACGAUGAGCUCGAUCCGGAGUUGCUGGAUCCGGUCGAACGGCGGAACCGUAUCAACGCGCAACUGUCCGCCUCCUCUGGAGUGCUCCACGCCGGUCCUCCGGUUUCCACGAUCUUCCGGAAUGGGCACGGUUGUGGCCGUGGCCCAGCACCUUCGCCGCAUCUCCACAACAACAACCAACACCACCACGCUCAUCAUCAUAGCGGCGGAAGUCGUGGAUCUUCGAGGACAAAUCCACGGACCGGUCGUGCGGCUCGGAACGGUGGAGUGCCAGCAGUAAACGGGAACGGUGGUCUACCACCAUUGGCCGUCAUCUCGUCAUCGACGCAGCAGCAACAGGAUCCUUCGCAGUACAUCUACCACGAGCCGGUCUUCCACGAGGGUCUCAUCUACGAUGGUUGCCUCUCGCACACGUACAGUGAUCGGAGUGGUGGUAGUGGUAGUACCGGAACGGGUAGUACCGGUGGUGCCGCCCCUUACCAUCACCCGCAUCAUCAUUCCUACAUCCUGCCACAGUUCAGCACGUUCCGGAAUGGAUCAUCGUCCGGUGGUGGUGGUGGUGGUGUCGGUCCGGGGGUGAUCUACUCGCGUGACUCCAGCUUUGGUUCCGAUUCCGGGUACAGUCAGCACACGCAAGCUUCCUCUAACCGGAGUACGAUGGGUGCGGGUGGCGGUUGGAACAAUCAUCGACGACCAACCGGCCAAUCGACAGUUUCGAGUGGAUCCUCCUCGUCGUCCGGUGCACCACCGCCAUCAUCCGGAGUGGCCGGAACGAAGCAAUCGGUGGAUCAUCAUCCACUAACGGCUACAUCUGGCCACAACAACAACAACAACAGCAGCAGCAACAACAGCAACGGGUCGACGAAUAGCAAUGUCGCGACGGUUGGCGUUGGCGAUUCUUGAGAGAAAGCGAUCGCCAUCGAUGAUCACGAUCGCCGAUCGCUGUCGAUGUUGUUGAUGGGCGGCGAUGGUGAUGAUGAUGAUGACGCCGGCGAAGGCGAAUUGGAAGAUGAUGCCAGGAUGCUGCUACUACCAACAACACCAUCAUCAUCAGCGGUAGCACCGUCAUCAUCGCAGCUCGAACCCUUCAUAUCCAGCAUCGUAUACGGCAAGAUACUACUGUGAGUUACCCCAGGAAUUUGCCCAGGGUCCAGGACUCACGUCAAGUCAAACUUGUGUGAGGCAUAACGACCUUAGAACAAAGCUCUAGGAGGCAACAGGUUGAUAGGAAGAGGAACAGUGGAGGACAAAAGGCAAAAAAGGGACGCAGGUUCCCACCUGCCCGCCCAGAUAUCGAAGGUUGUGUAGAGCGCGGUGUCCUAUCAGCCAGGAGAUUCUUCUUCGUGUGAAUAAGUAGGGAACUAACGAAACUAAGGGAAACUCUUCUAGUGUACGUAGCAGCGCGGUACGGCCAACCAACCCUCGAAAUGUGAUUUUAAUUUUAGUAUUCAGUAUCCAGUAUCCAGUGUCCAGUGGCGCGUAGCGGACAAGAUCCGCGAAGAUAUAGGCGAAGGAGGAAUAGGAGGUCAUUUUAUCUCCUGCCCGAGUCUCCUUCCGUUUCCGUACCAUUUCGUUUACUCCCCUUAGUUCGUAGAAGGCGUCUGUAAGUAAUCGAACGUAAGUAGCGAGAUAGUAGAGUGUCUGUACAGUGAAGCAGGUUUUAGUUAGUAUGCACCGUGUGGGGUCAUAUAGUGACUCCAACUACGAAUCAAGAAGGAUACUUAAGUGAGCAGACGGGCGUGCGGACGUGUCAGUCCUGCUCAGCUUGUUUGUGUGUACAAAUGAGAGCGAGUGUGAAUUCCCCCCAACACACACAAACACAUGCAGCAAAUGAUAACAAUGUAUAUAGCUAGAGCAGAAGGAUCCUCAUUGGCAUGCUGCUAAUGCACCACAAAAAGGAAAGGUCCUCGGUGCCGAUUGUAGGAUUGCGUGUGCGUGUGCAUGUGUGUCUGUGUGUUGGUGGCGAUUAUCAGAUUACCCCGCCCCCGUCUCUCUACCGCGGUUCUCUACUCGUGUGGUUGUAAAAACAAAAAAAGGUAGAAGCAAUACCUUAGUAGACAUGUAAGGCACAGACAGUAGGCGAUGAUUGUCGCGAUCGGCGUGUAUAGUCGUGGAGAACAAGGCUCGGGACGCUUGUCAGGGACGCUCGAACAAUCGAACAGAGUAGCCAUAUUGUUGCAUUCUGGCAACGCACUUUUGUUGGUUUUUGAACGUUGACAUCCCGUUGGUUGGUGUCAAGUAAUUAAAAAGCGAAUUUUCCCCGUGUGCGCCCUAAUGCACGCUUUCCUCCCCUCUCUAUCUCGCUCUCUUUCCGGCUUGAAGUGAUUACUGGUGAGUAUGGAAGGUGCUUUUAAGGAACCCCCUUUUUGGCCAUCAUAAAACCAAGAACGACAGGAUGGUGGGCUGGUACAGUCCGGACUCUUCUCCCGGACUUUGCCAUCAUCGUUAAACCAUAUCGUUACGCAUCCUGCCAGUGUGUGCUGGUGUGAAUUCCGAUCUGUGCGAGUGUGCAAUUACACAUUUCCGUGUCCUGAGUCCUGGGAACAAUUUGGACACCCUACAACCCCAUUGUGUGGUGCGUGAUUAUGGGGCUUUCGAUGGGUUUUUUCCUCUACCCUGUUUUGUUUUUUGUGCUGUCACCAACCGGACACACACUUGAGCACUUUGCACCACUCAUUUGCACACACAAAAUUGCGAACGGCCCCCCCCCAAACGAUCCCAUCGUAAUGACGCAUCGUUUCAGCGCCGAGAAGUACACCGCGCGCCAUUCAUUCAUGCCGUAAUGGUGGCCAAGAGUGCACUUAUGCCAUCGUGAGUAUUUUUUCUCCUCUCUCUCUCUCUCUCUCUGUUUUGUUUGUGUACUCUCUUUUUGUGUCACAUACUCCCUCCCCCGGUGGGUGGUUGGAUGGAAUUUGAUUGUCAGUGUCGGUCGUCCACAGCAGCAGUACCUCAAGCACUGAAAAACGUUGAACUUAGACCACGCCUGCUACUGCUGGUGGUGGUGGAGCGUGGUGUGACUUUUAAUUUGAGUUCACAAGUUCUGCUUCCAUCCAGAGCCCGUCUGUGCUGGCUGUAAGUGGAACCGUAUAAUUUGCGUGCGCCAUCGCGCAGUGAUGGAGUGAUUCCAUCACCGUUUUGCGUACCGCGAGAGAGUGCGAAAAUUGAAACGACCGAGAACGUCCCGACAAGUGCUGUGUGUGCCCUGGAACCGGGAUAGAUGCCAGCAACACCAGUCACCCCGUGUAAAUAGCGAUACCGAUGUACAGUGCAGUGAGUCCACUGAGAAACGCUCUCAUUCUAAAACGAAUCGUAAACAAUCAUCUUCCUUACUCACCCUUUCACCGACCAUUCUAUUACUCCAGUCCGAGCUAAAGUACCUUCACGUCAGUCGCGAUCAGUACUGAUGAGCUGCAACAGAGCAGUAGGCGGUGACGGUUGUGCUUCGACACCUUCUCUCUCUCUCUCUCUCUCUCUCUCUCUCUCUCUCUCUCUCUCUCUCUCUCUCUCUCUCUCUCUCUCUCUCUCUCUCUCUCUCUCUCUCUCUCUCUCUCUCUCUCUCUCUCUCUCUCUCUCUCUCGUACCAUUCUGUCACCUGAGCUCCCCAUUCUCUGUACCUGGUUAUCCCUUAACCUUACCAACGGUCGAACUAGCGAUCGAGCGAGUCGUAGUAGCCUUUCGUUCUUUCGUCGUCCAUUCUUUCAAUUGUAGCUCGAGCUCGAAUGGGGUUUGGUGUUUGUGUAGAGGUUGUGUCGCAAGAACACGCUACGAAGGGAAAAGGAGGAAGUAAAAUGAACCAGCUCCAGAUACCAGCAAGAUUACCAUAUCAUUGUAGAAAGGCAGUAGAAGCCAAUCAUCAAGCUAGAAAAUGACGAACGUGUAUCUUGGAGAGAGAGAAAUAGAGCUAGGCCGGUGGUUCAAUUACGUUUUCCUCCUCUUCCUUCGAUCGGCACUCUUCGCUGACCGUGAAAGGUAAAACGUGAAAAACCAAAAACUUAAAGUACGACGAGACGGUGAAAAUGGUGAAAAGCUUAACUUUGUACAUACGAACCCACACGCACUGGCACACUUCUAGUGAGUAGAUCGAGCGAGUGAUAGUUCCAGGAGUGUAAUCGCGCGUGUGUAAUGAGAAGUCUGAUAAGGAGCUCUUGGAUCGGAGGAAGUAUGUGUAAAUAUGGUAAAGGCAAAGGGAUACCGCAGGACGAAUGCUGGCCACUGCAGCAAAUCAAUCAUCUUCAACCCCAUAAGCCCCGUUCCCCCUUCCAAGCACACAAACACUCACUCCAACAAUCAUACAUUUCCUGAUACAAUAAAGAGACAGCAACAGGCGGCCAGGACAGGGCAGUAGAGGUAGUAGUAAUCCGGGAUCCGGGAAGAGAUCCCGCUGGUGGUCGAUGGAAUGCCACGCCACGCAUCGUCCGUGAACUAAAUAUCGUGUAGAAAACUAGUGAAAAACAAUUAAUAAAAUUGAGGA